AUGAAAGGAUUAAGGGUAAAAUCUUCAUGUAUAUCAGAUAUCUCAUGGUUACAACCAAAUUCUUUAAUAGAUUAUAAAUAUCAUAUUCAUUCACUUAUCUCAACUGGUGGUUUUGGUCAAGUUUACUGGGCAACAAAUAAUUAUACAGGACAAUUUAUAGCAAUAAAAAUAGAAAGAAAAGAUUCUAAAUUUCAAUUAUUAAAAAAUGAAGCUGAGACAUUGGCAAAAAUUAAUAGAAUAUAUCAUAAACGUCAUAAGAUUAAUAAAAAAUUUGAUACAAUACAAUUAAUUGAUUAUUUUGAAACAAAAAAUUUUAAUUUUAUGGUUAUGCCAUUGUAUGGACCAAAUUUUUAUGAAAUAAGAAAAGGAAUGAUUAAUGAAAAAUUUUCUAUAUUAACAACAUUAUGGAUAAUGAAAAAUAUGAUAUUAUGUUUGGAGGGUCUUCAUAAUUAUGGAUGGAUUCAUAGAGAUGUUAAACCAGCCAAUUUUUGUAUAGAUUUAUAUAAUUCUAAUGAUGAUGGUAAAAAAAAAAUGUAUCUUGUUGAUUUUGGAUUAGCCAAAAAAUAUCGUAAGACAGAUGGUUCAAUAAUACCAAAAAGAGAUUAUGCUAAUUUUAGAGGUACAGUUAGAUAUGCUAGUUUAAAUGCUCAUAAAAGAAAUGAUCUUGGAAGAAUAGAUGAUUUUUGGAGUAUUUAUUUUAUUGCUGUUGAAAAUUUUAUUGGUAAUUUACCAUGGAGAAAUAUUAUUGAUAAAGAAGAAGUUGGAUAUAUGAAAAAAGAAUGUAAUCUUUUAGAAUUAAAUUAUGGUAAUACUGGACCACCAAACUCAUUUAAAAUUUUAUUUGAUCAUGUUAAAAGUACAGGAUUUUAUAAUGAACCAAAAUAUAAUGAAUUGUGUGAUGUUAUAGAACAAGAAAUGAGAGAUUUCGGUUAUUAUAGUCACAACAAAAGAUUAGAUUGGGAAGAGUAUGAAAUCGUAAAUUCGAUAUUAAGUCGUAAAGGAAUCUCUAGUGUAUAA